GUCGAGUAGACAGGUUUCGUAUUCAAUAGUAAUAAGCAAGUUCAAGAAAUGGAUUCUGAUGUAUCUUCUUUAACAAUAAUUGCUAAAGCUUUAAAAGCUCAGGGCGUAGAGUAUAUGUUUGGUAUAGUUGGUGUACCUGUAAUAGAACUAGCUAAUGCUGCUCAGAUAGAAGGGAUAAAGUAUGUUGGAAUGCGAAAUGAGCAAGCGGCUGCUUAUGCCGCGCAAGCAAUUGGAUAUAUUACUGGGAGGCCGGCGGUCUGUUUGACUGUCUCCGGACCUGGUGUGCUACAUGUUCUUGGAGGAAUGGCAAAUGCUAAUGAGAAUGCAUGGCCCCUAAUAGUAAUUGGUGGAUCCAGUGAGGCUCACCAAGAAGGAAUGGGAGGCUUCCAAGAGUAUCCUCAAACAAGUAUAUGUAAAGAAUUUGCAAAAUUUUCGGCCAGACCCCCGUCAGUAGAGAAGAUUCCUUUCUUCGUUGAGAAAGCUGUUCGAUAUUCUAUAUAUGGAAGGCCAGGAAGCGUUUAUCUAGACUUUCCAGGCGAUAUGCUCAAAGAAAACAUUUCAUCUUCCAUUAUUCAAUAUCCUGAACGUGUACCUGAUCCCCCUAGACCGCUAGCGCCAUUAAGUUCCAUUGAUGCUACAUUAGAGUUGCUUAGGAAUGCUCAAAGACCUUUAGUCAUUGUCGGUAAGGGAGCUGCAUACUGUAGAGCAGAACAUGAGGUUAGGCAAUUGAUAAAUUCUUUGAAUAUUCCUUUCCUCCCAACGCCUAUGGGUAAAGGUGUAGUUCCGGAUGAUCAUCCGCUUUGCGUAGCUCCUGCUAGAUCAAGGGCUUUGCAGAAGGCGGAUGUCGUUCUUCUACUGGGGGCUCGACUAAAUUGGAUCUUGCACUUUGGAUUACCACCAAGAUUUGACAAAGACGUAAAAAUCAUACAAGUUGAUAUUUGUCCCGAAGAACUAAAUAAUAAUGUCCGGUCGGCUGUAAGCGUUCAUGGUGAUUUGAAAGUAUUUGUAAAUCAGUUAAACACAAGAAUUUCUGAAAAAGAUGCUACAAGUUCCUAUCCCAAAAUUAAUGAUUGGUGGGAAAUGCUAAAGAAUAAAUGUGAAGACAAUAAAUUAACAACACAACAAUUAAUUUCUAAAGAAACCAUUCCAAUUAAUUAUUACACUGCUUUUCACGAGCUAACGAAAGUGAUUCCGAGAGAUGCUUUCAUUAUAAGUGAAGGAUCCAACACAAUGGAUAUUGGGAGAACGAUGAUGAACAAUUAUUUAGCAAGACAUCGGUUGGAUGCCGGUACUUUUGGUACAAUGGGCGUCGGGUUAGGAUUUGCUAUUGCUUGCGCCUUGUGGGCUAAAGAUAACGCUCCUGAAAAAAAGAUAGUAUGCGUUGAAGGAGACAGUGCCUUCGGAUUUUCUGGAAUGGAAUUGGAAACUGUUUGCAGGUUUAGCAAUAAAUCUUAGCUCUUACUUUUUCUAUCAAAUACUAAUUAUUUUCCCUUUUAAGAUAUGAUCUUCCUAUUACUUUUGUUGUUUUAAAUAAUAACGGAAUUUUUAUGGGGAUUGACGAACAAAUGUAUAGUGCCUCCCAGGGCACUGAAAAAUCCUUAAGCUUACCGGCCUUAGCAUUAAAACCAAAUGCUAGAUAUGAAAAAGUAAUAGAAGCCUUUGGUGGAAAAGGCUUUUUUAUUACAAAACCAUCAGAAAUAGAACCAACAAUGUCGCAAUGUCUUAAAUCAAACCAACCUUGUCUAAUUAACAUUAUGAUCGACCCGGUAUCAGGAAAGAAAGUCCAGGAGUUUGCUUGGUUAACAACUGAAAAAUCAGAAGCAAAAUUAUAACUUUCAAUAUAUCAAUUAUGCAAUAUUUGAUUAAUUUGAUGUGAGAAGUUUGAUUUUCAAAAAUACUUAUUCUCUAAUCAAACCGAAUAAACCUAUUGUUUGGGUAGCUUAAUAAUAAAAUGAAAUUAUUCAAUCACAUCACAUAAUAUAAGGAUUAUUUGAAUUUUACAUUUCGAUUAUAGUAUGACGAACGAAUCCUUAAAAAAUUUUCCAUUUUCUUGGAAGACAGUUUUUUCAUUUAAAAAGCCUUAAAAUUCUUCAAGGUCUUAAAAACAUUUUUCCUUUAGAUUUUUUCCAUUAUUUAAUUUUCGAUUUUUCAAUGUCAUAAAGAUAUCUGACAAAAAAA